AUGGCAGAAUCUUCAUCAACCAAAAGUGGUCUUAGGUUAGCCGGCAAAGUAGCCAUAGUCACCGGAGGUGCCAGCGGUAUCGGCAAAGAGACAACACAUGUCUUUGUGAAACAAGGUGCACGAAUGGUGGUGAUUGCUGAUAUUCAAGACGAGUUGGGAAUUCAAGUGGCUGAAUCUAUUGGCACUGAUAAGUGCACAUUUAUUCAUUGUGAUAUUAGAAUUGAAGAUGAUGUCAAAAAUCUUGUUCAAUCAACUAUCAACACUUAUGGACAAAUAGAUAUUAUGCAUUGCAAUGCUGGGAUUGGGAGUACAACUGAUCAAACCUUGUUGGAAUUCGACGUUUCUCAAGCUAACGGUGUGUUUGCAACUAAUGCUAUAGGAACAGCAUUGUGUGUAAAAUACGCGGCGCGUGCGAUGGUGGAGGCUAAGGUGAGGGGUAGCAUUGUGUGCACGGCGAGUAUAGCUGGUAGCUAUGGUACCGGGAGGGCGACAGAUUACUCAAUGUCAAAGCAUGCAGUAAUAGGGUUAAUGCGGUCAGCGAGUGUGCAGCUUGCAAAAUACGGGAUAAGAGUGAAUUCUGUGUCGCCAAAUGGAUUAGCAACACCACUGACUGAGAAAAUGCUAGGCGCAGAUGCAAAGACGGUGGAAGAGGUUUUUUCAAAAAACUCGAUGUUGAAAGGAGUGGUUUUAAGGACUAAAAAUGUGGCAGAUGCAGUGUUGUUUUUGGCAUCUAAUGAGUCUGACUUUGUUACUGGUCUUGAUCUUCGUGUGGAUGGGAACUUUGUUACUGGUGCUGAGGUAAUGUAG